AAAUCCACAUAAAUUUCACCAAAAACCCCCUAAUCUCUCUCUAAUUUCCACUCCCCUCCCUCAACCUCUUCUCUCUCCUCUCUCCCUCUUCGCCUUCUUCUUCGAGCUCCGAUUCGAACCCUUCGCUCCGUCCCCAAACCCUAAUUCCGCGACGCCCAAAACCCUAAUUCCGAUCCCCUUUCCUCCGCAUUCCGCCAUUAUCGCGCGCGAGCGCUCUCUUCUAGUGCUCGCUCAUUCAUGGAGGGGGGCGCGGGGGCGUACAAUUCUCGCACCGCGGAGGACGUGUUCCGCGAUUUCCAAGGGAGGAGAGCCGGGAUGAUCAAGGCCCUCACCACUGAUGUGGAGAAGUUCUACAAGCUCUGUGAUCCCGAAAAAGAGAACUUAUGCCUCUAUGGACUUCCUGAUGAGUCUUGGGAAGUGAACUUGCCUGCGGAGGAAGUACCCCCGGAACUUCCUGAACCAGCACUAGGAAUCAACUUUGCUAGGGAUGGAAUGGCUGAGAAGGAUUGGUUGUCACUUGUUGCUGUUCACAGUGAUGCCUGGUUACUGGCUGUUGCAUUUUAUUUCGCGGCGCGUUUCGGAUUUGAUAAAGAGGCUAGGAGGAGGCUUUUUAACAUGAUCAACAAUCUCCCGACCAUAUUUGAGGUUGUUGCCGGUACUCCCAAGAAACAAACCAAAGAGAAGACCCCCAACAGUAGCAGCAAGAACAAUAAAUCGAGCUCAAAGACGUCCCGGCCAACAAAUUCACACAACAAAACCUCAAAGAUGGCACCACCAAAAGGGGAAGAAGAGAGCGGGGAGGAUGAAGAAGAAGAAGAUGAUGAGCACAGCAACACUCUUUGUGGAGCAUGCGGAACUAAUUAUGGAAGCGAUGAGUUCUGGAUAUGCUGCGACGUAUGUGAGAGAUGGUUUCAUGGUAAGUGCGUGAGGAUAACCCCUGCUAAAGCUGAGCACAUCAAGCAGUACAAAUGCCCUGAUUGCAGCACCAACAAGAGGGCAAGGGUGUAAGAUCACUUCAGCAGUGUUCGGGGGUGUUGAAGGAAAUGAUUCAGGGUUUCCGAAAGGUAGAACUUACAGACCUUACCCGAACUACCGUGCAUUUUGAAAUAGGUAUCUGAACUUCCAAAAAUGUGGAUUUUACUACCCGAUCUUACAAUUAUUUUGAUUUCAGAAAAUUUGGUUUAAGUUCUAAUGGUUUUCAUCGAAAAAUUUAUAGAAUAUUCUGUAAAAAUAGAAGUUGACAGUAUUGUUAAGAUUUGAUUGAGAGCUACUGAAAUCAAAGUAACUGGAACUUUAGGUAGUAAAAUUAAAAGUUUUAAUGUUUAGGUACCCAUUUCAAGAUAGGCUCUUGUUUAGGUAAGUUCUUCAUGCUUUUACCUUUUUGAAAUUAUGAAAAGAAAUUGUGUUUACUUUCUUGAUUUUAGUUUUUCUUAUAUUUUUCAGUAUAUCAAAUUACUCUUGUGUGUGUGUGUCUCUCUCUCGCUCUCUUAUUAAACCGCUAAUUCGCAGGGUUUAGUCUUUUCUGACAUUGUUAGAUUGGAAUCUUAACUAUGUUUAGCAGGGUCGAGUGAGUCUCCAAAAGUAAUCUCAUUUAUGUUUCCUUAUUUGCUCGUUUGCGAUCGAUCGAUUGAAUUGAUUGAAUUAGUUGCA